AUGGAUCAAUCAGGAGUCGCAGCUCAAACCCAGAAGAGUCCGUGGGGCUCGGUGGGCCCGGCGCCGCCUGCCUGCUCUCUGACCGAUGUGAUGAGCGAACAGCUGGCCCGACAGCUGGAUGAGGAGAACGGCGCCUUCCCGGGGCUCUCAGACCCUGCGGCGGACCUGCUGCUGUCGGAGGACGCUGCAGACACCACCAGCGACCUGAUGCUGGCCCAGAUGCUGCAGAUGCAGUUCGACAGAGAGUUUGACGAUCAGCUGCGCCGCGAGGAGAAGAAGUUCAACGGAGACAGCAAAGUCUCCAUCUCCUUUGAGAACUACCGGAUGGUCCAUCCCUACGAGGACAGCGACAGCUCCGAGGACGAGGUGGACUGGCAGGACACGAGGCGCGACCCGUACAAAGCCGACAAGCCUCAGACGACCCCCAGGAGAGGCUUCAGCGGGAAGGGGAAGAACAUCACCACCAAACACGACGAGGUGAUGUGCGGACGGAAGAACACGGCUCGCAUGGACAACUUCGCUCCGGAGGUCCAGGUGGGGGACGGUUUGGGGAUGGACCUGAAGCUGUCCAAUCAGGUGUUCAACUCUCUGAAGCGCCACUGCUACAGCGAGCAGCGCCGCAGCGCCCGGCUGCACGAGAAGAAGGAGCACUCCACCGCCGAACAAGCCGUGGACCCUCGGACCCGGCUGCUCAUGUAUAAGAUGGUGAACGCCGGCGUUCUGGAGAACAUCAACGGCUGCAUCAGCACCGGGAAAGAGUCUGUGGUGUUCCACGGCGACGGAGGAAGCCUGGAGGAGCAGCCCGUCCCAGAGGAGGUGGUCCUGAAGGUUUUCAAAACCACGCUGAACGAGUUCAAGACCCGAGACCGCUACAUCAAGGACGACCAGCGCUUCAAGGACCGCUUCGGCAAACAGAACCCCCGGAAGAUCAUCCGCCUGUGGGCCGAGAAGGAGAUGCGCAACCUGAGCAGGAUGAAGAAGGCUGGCAUUCCCUGUCCGGACGUGGUUCUGCUGAAGAAGCACAUCCUGGUGAUGUCGUUCAUCGGGAAGGAACACGUUCCUGCGCCCAAACUGAAGGACGUGAAGCUGGGCAGUGAGGAGAUGAAGGGCGCGUACCAGCAGGUGGUGCAGCUGAUGCAGCAGCUCUACCACGACUGCAACCUGGUCCACGCCGACCUGAGUGAAUACAACAUGCUGUGGCACCAGGGGAAGGUGUGGCUGAUUGACGUCAGUCAGUCGGUGGAGCCGACUCAUCCUCACGGGCUGGAGUUCCUCUUCAGAGACUGCAGAAAUGUCUCCACGUUCUUCCAGAAGAGCGGGGUGGCUGAGGCCAUGAGCGUCUACGAGCUUUUCAACGCCGUGACCGGCCUGAACAUCCCAGUGGUGGCCGAGGACGAGUCUCUCUUCAUGGCUGAGAUCGUGGCCUUGGAGAAGAAGCAAGAGGAUCACAUCCAGAGACGAGGGAAGAAAACGUUCCCGCUGACGGAGGACGGCGGCCCCCCUCUAGAACCCGACUUCGAUGACUAAUCCCCC